AUGGACGAACCGACCGAACCGGGUGACCGUCGCAACGACUCGCCCCCGACCCCGCACGACUUCGACCCUCGUGCUUACGCGCCGGACGAUGAUAAGGACUCCCCCGCGUCGACUCCUCCCCCCAGAGUCCCGCACCCUUCCGCUUCUUUGCCCAUGGACCCCUACGCAUACGUGUCGGAUGACGACAAGGACGCCCCGGCGCCGCGUGUUCGCCGCAGACCGUCCCGCCUUUUCCCCUUCCAGCCGGUCGUACCCCUUGGGUACGUCUCGGAGAAUGACGAGCGUCCCAAAGACGCGACGCUUGGCGUCACCGCCGAGAAGACCGACGAGGAGAACAAGGGCGAGAACAACGACGACGAGGACGAGGACGAGAACGACGGCGAGGACCACGAUGAGAACCAGAACGACGACGAAAAUGACGACGAGCCAGGAGCGCUGUCCGAUGCGCAUGAAGAGAACGCGGAGGAGAACGGGGGCGCCGACGAUCCUGAUGGUAAUUUCAACGAGUCUGUCGACAACAACGGCAAUGCGGGCAAUGAGAGACCUGAGUGCCAUGAUCGCCCACCCCAUACCGGCCUACCCAUCAACGGUGUCCCUCACUUUGAUGCACCCAGCCAGCAACGGUACCAACCGACCGUCGCCAACUCAUGGCGAGAGGAUUGGUACUACAGCACUCUCUUCGAACUUUUCGAGCAGUACUUUCGCCUCCGCGCCCGACUGCCCAACAUUUUGCCUCAUUUGCAGCCCGUUGCGCCGCCAUCCACCUUCAUGCAAACCACCCCCGUUCCCGGUGCCGGUGGCCGGCUGUGUUAUAACAUGGCCGCACGCGAAACAUUGAUGGACGCUAUCAUCAGCCGGGUGGCGGACAUGGGUAUGGACCUCCUCCACACCAUCGAGAAGGUCGCCACUCGCACUCGUGUCGACCCAGACGAUGGAGACCCGUUCGGUCACCCUUACACCCACGCCCCCCAGAGCCGCCCAUGGGGGGAUAUUCCGACGGCGCUCUUGCAAGACCCUCGGGCCGCUCCGGAGGAGCCGUCCGAUGAUCAUGAAGUGCGCUCGCUUUCCCCAAGCCAAGACACUUCGCAGACCGUCGUCAAUGGUGUCGGCGGGCAGCCACUUCGCCCGGCUCAUCCUAUGCCUGAUGGGGAGCGUUUUGUCAUCCAACGUGUGAUUCCUUGGCUUGAUUCCAUUGAAUGGCCAGACGAUCCUGUGGUUGAGGAGUGGGCGCGAAAGCUUCAGUGGGCGUUUCUCCAAGGCCAAAAGGUGCACUUUGAACGCCUGCUAUACCAACUGGAGGUUGGUUUGGGCGACAAUCUUCGACCUCACGGCAUCGGUCUGCGGCGACUCUGGGAGGAGUUCGUCAAGCACAACAGUCCUUCCGCCGAGAACAACCUUCCACUCCCGCCUGUGGAACAUGGUCCGCCUCGAACCGCCAACCCUUUCCGUUCCGAUACCCACCCUCGAAACUCGAGCCCGCAGCACGAUCUCGACUUUUCAAACGAACACCACCACCACCGGCACCGGCGCACCCCUCUUCCUGAGCUUCGGGAAGAGCCCGAAUCAGAUGAGUGGGAAGGAGAGGCUUGGUCUGAGCCUCGAGCGCACGCGAACGGGUCUGCCGGAGGUGCGGAGGGGAGGUCCACCGAAAUGCAGCUGGUGUAUUAUCCAAACAGGCCGAGGCCCGCGACACGGCCUAUCCGCGACGAUCCGCCAGACGAAGGGGAGCCUCCGCUACUUCAUACAACCACUGGCACCAUUCCCACCGCUCCUAAUAGCCCUACUUGGCAGCCAGCAAGCCACGGCGCAAGCGAGGAGACUGCAUCGCGCAAUGACUCUGCAUCCCCACCGAUUCCCCGCUACUUCGAGUACACUCAUGCGGACGAAAACAGGCGCCCCGAGCUCUCGGGAAGCACACAGCAGCCCUACGCCGAGCCUGAGACGGCACCGUCGCAGCACGAAGCCCGCCCGCGUACUGCAAGAGGCACCUUCACCUACGGCACCUCGUCCGUCCAGCAAAUGCCGCCAGCUUCCACACGUCACACCACACCCGCGCCCCAGAAUGGCCGCACUUAUGAGGAAGUACCAGCGGACUCAGAGCAGCCUUCACCGAAACGGACGUGGUGGGACCCCCGCACACCCAGUGCACGCUCGCCAAUUCGCACAAACAGGACGCCUCCUCCACUUCCAAGGAGGGCGAUUGCCACCGGCCGGAACGGCUCUCCACGACUUGUCACGAUCCGCCCUGUCAGCGAGAUUGGGCCUGAAGCUGCACAGGCGCGCGAGGCGAAGCGGAAGCGCUCACCCUCUACUGAGGUGGACGAGCCUCUCGCCAAGCGCCCAUCUACGCAGGCCAACCGUCCCGAGCCGCUGUGGCGAGCGACUGGUCCUCGCGAACGGGCCUCUUCCAUCGCUCCAAGCGCCAAUGGACGUAGGGCCAAUGGACGUAGGCGCAAUGGACGUAGCGGCAGCCGCAACCCGGCAACUUGGGAACCGCCUCUGCGCAUCAAGCUAGAGCCGGUGGAGGAGCAUCCUCCUCCGCUGCGCCGCCGCAGCCCCAUCCCCCUUCCCAGCGAACACGAGGCAAGCGACGAGUCCAGCCCCGAGCCCAGUCCCAGCAAAGCGGCCAGGGGGAAGCGCAAAGCCCCCUCUAGCGAUGAGGACAUCAAACCGGACGUGAGCGAGCUAAGUGAGCCCGAUGCGCCCGUCCAACCCCGCCGGUUCUGGCGCGUGAGCGGCGCGCCGACCCCGCCCGCCAUGGGAACGCCGUCCAGCGAUCGCCCCAUUGCCAGCAUUCCUUCCGCGCGCCGUUCACCCAGCACUGUCGUCCUGCCCGGCACGAUCCGCGAUGUGCACCGACAGACGCGACCGCCCGUCUCUUGGCGACCAUCUGCACCAGCGGGGCCGUCCGACAGGUCGGCCCGCUCUCGUGCCCAGUCUCCCGAGCCACCGGCUCAGCUAGCACCCAUUCCUGCCAGUCCUGCCAGUCCUCCAAAGCGCCGCGCAUCCAUGCGCCUUCUGGAGCGCGAGGCAAAGCGACAGCGAACUGCGACGCUGGCACUUGCGCCAGUGCCUGAGACUGCGGCUGGGCGGAGUGGUCCUCGUCGGAGGCUCAGCUUUCUGGACAAGUUGCCAGCCAUGUUGGGAGGAAAGAAGGGCACCAAGAAGGACAAGAAGGAGGACAACAAAGAUGAUAAGAAGGCCGACAAGAAGGGGACAAAGAAGGGAGCGAAGGACAAGGGCAAGUAGUGUUUCUCCAGACCGGAGUUGUUUGGCUGACCGCUGGACGGCGGCCCUGUUUGUACGAGACUGAGACAUAGAGAAUGUAGUGC